UUUCGACGAUUGAACAAAUACCAGCGACAGCGAGCUGAGGAAGGAGAGACAGCUCGGCUUCAUUGGCGGUCUCAAAGUAAAGGAGAAAAGAACUUGUACGUACGUAGUUUGAAUUGAAGGCUGGAUUUAUUUUUUAUCUGGAGUUCCAGAGGAAUUCUGUCUUGGGCUCAAUGUGUUCUACUUUGGAUUGAAGAUCUGGGGUUUUCUAAUGAAACUAGGGUUCCCCAAAAAAAAAAAAAACGGUUUAUACAAAAAUCGACGCUGUGUGGGAAUUCUGUGUUGGGAUUUAGGAAAUUUCACGAUUCAUACUCGAUUAAAUACCUAAGUUCUGAAAGUAUCGAAGAAAUUGUGAUGGCGCAAAAGAAAGCUUGAAUCUUUGCUUUUAGUAUGCUUACGCAAGGGAAGUUUUGUGGAUUUUGAUGCUGUAGUUUGGUCCCUGAAGUAUUUGUGGCGUCAUACAACGGUUUCAAUGAAUCAUAAUAACACCAAGAAGAAUGUUGGGGCGCCAACUCCUUUUGGUAAUUCUGGGACGGUUCCACAGUCUAUGCCCAUGAACCAGAACCACCAAACCCAUCUUCUAUCUCAGUCACAACCUCAAACACAAAGUGGGUCUCACUUCCCAGGCCACUUCCAGCUGUCUGAGCCUCAAACUCAGGCACUUGCACUGGCGCAGGCUCAGGCUCAUGCCCAGGCACAAGCUCAGGCUGCCCAUGUCCAAUUCCAAGCUCAGUUACAAGCUCAAGCCCAGUCAGUUCCCCAGUUGCAUCCUGGAAAUACUAGUAAUGUAGGUGUCCCGUCACCUUCUGUUUCGACGCCUGGUACUGGGAGUGCCAAGAGGAGCUCUCAAAAGCCACCUUCUCGGCCUCCUGGUUCAUCCAAUGCCAACACAGGUUCACCGUACAAGACCAUGGAGCUGACCCCUGCUGUUCGUAGAAAGAAGCAGAAGCUACCCGAGAAGCAAAUACCGGAUAAAGUAGCUGCGCUUCUGCCAGAGUCUGCUCUUUACACUCAAAUGCUCGAACUGGAGGCUCGGGUUGAUGCUGCUUUGGCAAGAAAGAAGAUUGACAUUCAGGAGUCACUGAAAAACCCUUCCCGUGUUCAGAAAACACUUAGGAUUUAUGUUUUCAACACCUUCACAUAUCAGACACAAACAGGUCCUGAGAACAAGGAUGCAGAGCCUCCUUCUUGGUCACUUAAGAUCAUAGGGAGGAUAUUGGAAGAUGGAAAGGAUCCUGUGGUGGCUGGAGUGGUGCAGAAACCUAGCACUUCGUACCCAAAGUUUUCAUCCUUUUUCAAGAAAAUUACCAUAUACUUGGAUCAGAGCCUCUAUCCAGGUAACCAUGUAAUUCUAUGGGAGAGUGCCCGUUCGCCUGUUCUUAAUGAGGGAUUUGAGGUGAAGAAAAAAGGGGAUAAGGAAUUUACCGCGAUAAUAAGACUGGAAAUGAACUAUGUGCCCGAGAAGUUUAAACUUUCCCCUGCUCUGAGUGAUGUUCUUGGAAUUGAGGUAGAUACUCGCCCAAGAAUUGUUGCUGCAAUUUGGCACUAUGUGAAGGUUAGGAAGUUACAGAACCCAAAUGAUCCUUCCUUCUUUUUUUGUGAUCCACCUCUUCAGAAAGUGUUUGGGGAAGAGAAGAUUAAAUUUGCCAUGGUUACACAGAAGAUUUCACAGCAUUUGACGCCCCCACCACCCAUACAUUUGGAGCAUAAAAUCAAGCUUUCUGGAAAUUGUCCUGCUGGAACUACUUGCUAUGAUGUACUGGUUGAUGUGCCUUUUCAAUUAGAGAAGGAAAUGAAUGCAUUCUUGGAAAAUACCGAACGCCACAAAGAGAUUGAUGCUUGUGACAAAUUGAUUUGUGCUUCUAUAAAGAAGAUCCACGAGAGUCGUCGGAGGCGGGCUUUCUUUCUUGGAUUUAGUCUUUCUCCGGCUGAAUUUAUUAACGCUUUAAUUGCUUCUCAGAGCAAGGAUUUAAAGCUUGCUGCUGGAGAUGCUAGCCGUAAUGCCGAAAAAGAGCGCCAUUCUGAUUUCUAUAAUCAACCAUGGGUUGAAGAUGCUGUCAUUCGUUACCUGAACCGCAAGUCUGCUGGAACGGAUGCUCCUGGAACACUUAAGUGAGAAUGAUUAUUAGCAUCCUGUUUGCGAUUCAAUAUUUCUAGCAUAAUCUCCGAGCUCCUAUUGUUUUCUUGCAGCUUAUGUUGUUGAGUAUAAGGGCAUAUGAAUUUACUCUCUCUCUCUCUCUCUCUCUCUCUCUCUGUUUGAUCUCUUUUUUUUCCUCUCAAGUAAUGUAUGGUAUGCUCUGGAGAAAGACUAUUCUUAGAGCUUUUGGCAAUGUAUUAAUAUAAUAAUGGAGGUGAUUAUUACCAUGAAAAA